AGCAAGAAAUAUUGUACAAUGUGUACCGAGCGGGCGGAGUUUGAUGUAAAGAUGAAAAUUCCACCCCGCAUAUAUUUGCUGUGGAUUUCGCGCAGACCCGGUACAGAAAGCAAAGGCACAAUAACUGACAGAAAGAGGAAGUGACUAGUGAAGGAAAAUAAGUCAGUUUCGUUUUCAAUACGCGCCGAUUCUUUACCGAAAGUACUUUUAGUCAUUACCGGAAUGUAGAGCGACACGUAAUAGCAUAGUGUAGCUACAUUAGCAUCAACUCACCCCCAGCUUACUUCGAACUGAACUUCCGCGUCGAGUCAAUCGUUGUAUCGCAGAGGUUUUAACCUAUUGGACGCCCUGCUAUCACCAGACUUAUUUCGAAUGAAAACACGUCAAUGCAGUCUUGUCUCCGCUGUGUGAGGAAUGAAGAGGACAUAUUAUGGGUGCAACUCUGAGCUCUGAUAUGGCCGCCUCGAGUCGAAGUCAGUCUUCGGGUCCUAUCAUGUCCAGCCCGCUGUCUAAGUUCCCUAUCCCCAUAGAAGUCCUGGAGGAGAUCUUCAUUAAGCUCCCCCCAGAUCAUGUGGUUCAGAUUUGUCGGUUAGUGUGUCGUCAGUGGAAAGACAUUGCUGACAGCCAGUCUUUAUGGAGAGACAGAUGCAGGAGAGAAGGCUACCACCUCCGUGAUGUCUCCAAAGUACCCAAAGACUGGAGGUUAUUUUACUUCUUGUGUAGGAAAAGACGGAAUCUUCUGAAGAACCCAAGAGCAGAAGAUAAAAUGAGGGGUUGGCAAAUACUGGAGAAUAGCGGCGACCUAUGGAAAGUCGAGGGUGUCAUGGUGCCCCAUCCCAAUGAAACGGUCAAGAAAAACUUUGUGACUUCAUAUGGCAUGUGCAGGAAGUCCCAGCUGAUUGACUUGGAGACGGAAGGUUAUAACGCAUCAUUCAUGGACCACUUCCAACCAGACAUCAAAAUAUCAGAUUGGUAUGCUCCUCGCUGGGACUGUGGCUGUCAAUUCAAGAUUCAGGUGGAGCUCCUGAAUCAAAAGAAGAGACCAAUUCAGAUCUUUUCCCCCGAGGAGAUUUAUUUUGACCAAUGGAGCGACCCUAAAUGGAAUCAGAUAACACACAUGUUUCAGAACUAUGGUCCAGGAGUGAGAUACAUCCGCUUUACCCAUGGAGGCAAGGACACGCAGUUCUGGGCUGGGUGGUAUGGUAUUCGCCUUACAGACAGUUGUGUUGAGAUAUGCCCUGCAGUGGACACAUAGCUCAAUAGGACUCCGAUAAUACCUGGUUCCCGCCUUUGCCUAUUACCAUUUUGCUCUCUGAAAGAUGCUAUUUGGUAACAUACCACUUCUUCAAUGAGUUAGCAGAGUUAGCAAUCAAAGAAAAUCUGUUAUUUUUGUCUGUCAUCGAGGGAACACAUGCUGGGAGUCAAUAUCUAAUUUAAUCAGGUCAUUUUAGGUCCUAUGUUGUGAGCUUCUGUUCGGACACCACUUAAGCCAAGGGUGUCCAAAUCUUUCCCACCAAGGGCCACAUACAGAAAAAUCAAAGGAUGUGGGGUGCCAUUUUGAUAUAUAAAAAAAACAAA